AUGGCGAUGAGCAGAAGCAAGUGGAUUAUCUUUCUCGAUGCCCACAGAUGUAGACACAAACGCCUCCGUGGAGACAGAAUUGAGUCGGAUGAUGCCGCUGCGUCUUGUCCAGCUAAAUACUGGCUUCAGGAGGCUGCCAACCUUCGAUAUAAGACUGCCAUACCGGCUCCCCGGCACUCGCGCUGCGGGAACACGGGGUUUGGCCAGCGACGGGAAGAAACGACCCAGUCCCAGCUUGAGGAGCAACGACCGGUAGAUGGCAGUCGCGUCGUGUCCGAAUCCGAAGAACAGAAACAGGCUGAUGCUUCCUCCGAUGGGGAUCCAACGGUCAAAGCUGACGACGCCGCCGGUGGGAACUUUGACGAUCGUAUUCCAUCCGGCACCGUGCACUCGACUCCACGAAAGACGUAUAUCUGCAACGGCAGUAUGAUGAGGAUCAUGAUGAAGGACAGGAUGAAGAGCCGCAGGAAUUUCUGCCCGGAUACAUUGCUACCGGCAGAGCUGAGAAUCGCAGCAAACUGGGUUCUGUACUUGAUGAGGCGGAUUAAUACGAGCACUGGGGGUUUUGUCAGUCACAAGCCUGCAUCAAGGAGUUCUUCAGAGCGUACCGCCAUAACCGCCCGCGAGAAGGCAUAUCACCGGGGGCCACCCAUAGUCGAGCACCAUACUUGGCCAGCUCUCGUCAAACGUACUCGUACAGCCGCUAAUCGUGUAGAUAUUGUACCGAUUUGGCUGGACGACAAAAUGCGCGAUCAUGGACAGAGCAGGCACUCCGAGACAGAAGAUCACCUCGACGGCCAGUUUCCGCAGGCGCUGGGCGCGACUAGGGACCAGAAUCCCCCUGUCACUGUCCAUCACCUCGGCAAGACUGCGGAAGAUACACAGCAGAGCACCAGGAAGCCCUACGUAGCUGGCCACCCACAGCUUGACCUCGACGUCGCAGAGACCAGCUCCGCUCCACCACGAGUCCACAUUGUCGGUGGGCCAAAUUAA